UAGAAUCAUCAUUUUAAUUACAUUUAUUCGUUGGUUGUCGUUUUGAACUUUUUGUUUUAUAUUCUAUAUGCAGGGCCGUUUGAAAUACCCGAAAGUGUUAAUUUUAAUUUCAAAAUGAGACUUAAAAUUGCUUUAGUGCUUUUUGUGACAUGUUGUACAGCUUUUGGUCAAGACGAUGGCAGUGUAGGUGAAGUGCCCCAAGAAGAAAAUCCUAAUCCAACGUAUAUUGAUGAUACUGAACCAAAACUACCGGAAAAUGAUUUCCUUUUUGUUUUUAAUGUCAGCGCAUUUUUUAUAGAACUUCCUAACGAUGGUACAAAAGAACCACUGGAACCACCACAUGAUACAGAAUCACCGCCAGAGCCACAACCCGAGCCUGAACCUGUACCUGAACCUGUACCUGAACCUGAACCUGAACCUGAACCACAAUUCGAACCUGAAAUAAAAUCAGAUGAUAUUGUCGUGCCUGUAGGAGUAUUGUUGAGUGCCAGAGAAAACUAUGUAGAUUAUACAAAUUGGGAUUCCUUAACUUCACGUUAUGCUCCUCCGCAAGAAUAUCAAAGAGGAGGGAUUCCCUAUGUCUUAACAGCAAGUCGUCUUGCUGAAUUACGAGCCACAUUCAUGUACUGGUACUAUGAUAUGGGUGGUAAUGAUGGUACUGGUGACUGGCAAAAAGCUAUCCAGAACUCAUCCCCCCAGCUACAUAAAAACUUAAAUUUUCAACUUCCUUUCAUGGGUUUCCGAUUUAAUUAUACAAGAGUUUCCAUAAAUGGCUACCUGGAGUUCAGUGAUCCCCCAGAAACAUAUCCAUCGUAUCCACUGACUUUUCCUGUUAAAGAUUGGCCUAAGGCCAACGAUCCAUCGUUCAUAGGAAUAUUUUUCAGUAAAUGUCGUAUUGGCAGUUUGAGAAAUGAGGAUAUUGAUCAAAGAAGGCCCGGUGUCUAUUUUCGUUUAGAAAGGGAUCUUCAAACUCGUACUGAUCAAUUCGGAACAGAAGUUAGAGAAAGACUAAAGUGGGACAUUCGCGAGGGCGUGAUUGGAUCCGAAACUUUUGAACCAAAACACGCCAUUAUUGUCACAUGGAAAAACUUAACGUUUGCAGGGGGAAUUACUCAAUCUCUAACAACAACAAAUACGUUCCAAAUGAUUCUCGCGACCGAUGAAGUUUUUACCUAUGCUAUAUUUAACUAUUUGGAUUUACAAUGGUCAUCACACACCGAAGCUGGAGGAGAUACCCUAAGAGGAGAGGGUGGUAUUCCCGCGUUUGUAGGGUUCAACGCAGGAAAUGGAACCAGAAGCUGGGAAUAUCAGCCUUACAGUCAAGCUUCCGUUAUUAGGGACCUCACAGGAAGAGGAUGGGGCAAUGGUUUCCAAGGUCGACACAUUUUUAGAAUAGACGAAAAUAUUCUCACCGGUAGUUGUAACAAAGAUAUAGACGGAGCGAAUUUACCUUUGAUGUUUGCCCCCGAGAGUGGUAACAUGUUAGGUGGAACAAUUGUCAAUAUUACUGGACCCUGCUUUAGGCCAACCGAUAAGAUUACUUGCAAAUUUGACGUCGAAGAUGAAGUUUUCGGUACUGUUGUCGAUGCCAAUCGAGCUUUAUGCGUACAACCGAGACUUUCAGUUGAGGGUUACGUACGGUUGGAAAUAGCAAUAAAUAAUGAAAAAUACAAAUGGAAAGGAAAAUACUUUGUUGAGCCUCCCGCCCAAGCUGCAGAAAAAAUUUUCUUUGAGGAUUAUUCGGUUCAUGAAAGAAAUCCAGCUGAGAUAAUAAUUUCGUGGGUGAAAAAUAAUUUAACCACCAAUGAUAAUGCGAAUAUUAGGAUAUCCCUUUGGGGUUACAAAGAAACUACCAUCCGUCCUCAGUUUGUUUAUAUCGAUUCUUUAGUUGAUUCUACAACAAACGCAGGCAAAUAUACCCUUUCUCCAGCCGAAUACAGGAAUCGUGAUAAUUUAGAAUUAUCUGAUAUCAAAUUUGGAUUCAUUCAAAUCAAUUUAACCGAACCUAUCCAGGUCGGAAAUACCGAUACUAAAAUCACACCUAUAAUAUGGAGUAGACCUAUUCCAUUAGGAUGGUACUUUGGUCCGCAAUGGGAAAGACUUUACGGGUCAAAUUGGCCACGAACUAUGUGCAACGAAUGGCUUACGAAUGACCGAUAUCUUAAAAACUUUGCCCACGAACUACCACAAUGUCCUUGCAGUUUGGAACACGCUCUGUCGGAUAAGGGACGAUUUCUGCCCGAUUUCGACUGUGACAAAGAUUCAAAUCCUCGAUGCUGGUAUAACAAAGGUUCCAUGCAUUGCGUCAGAAGUGGAGCCCCAACUUUGGAAGGUUCAGAGCAGCAUUGUUGCUAUGACAAGAAUGGGUACCUUAUGUUAUCUUACGACCAAAUGUGGGGUUCAAGUCCCCGACGAUCGCAUAAUCUUGGCUAUCUCCCUUGGACUGAAGCUACUAAAGUUCCGACGCUUUCCCAGUGGUACCACGAUAUGGUACCGAAAUAUUUGUGCUGCAUUUGGCAGGAAGAACAAGCAGUUGGAUGUGAAACUUUGAGAUUCGAAAGGCGUCCAACUCAAGAUUGUGUUGCAUAUCAGGCUCCUACUAUUGGAGGAGUAUACGGAGAUCCCCACUUUAUUACUUACGAUAAUUUACAAUACACCUUCAAUGGAAAAGGGGAAUUCGUACUUAGCAGAGUGAACACCCAAAGAAAUAAAAUGGACAUCCAAGUACGUUUUGAGCAAAUGCAAAAUAAUGCUUAUGGAGAAGUAAAAGCCACACAAAUGACUUCAGUCGCUGCAAGAGGCAAUAGUUCGACAGUUAUAGAAGUAAGGAUAAGACCAGAACAUGCUCAAUGGAGAUACAGACUGGAUGUAUUCGCCGAUGGAAAACGGGUAUAUUUUGACAGACCUGGCUUGAAAUUUCAGCAUUUUCCAGGAGUACUUGUUUAUACGCCCACGUAUAUACUUAAUCAAUCCGAAGUAAUAGUUAUGUUUGAUACUGGUGCUGGUGUAGAAGUAGUGGAAAACAGAGGGUACAUGACUGCUAGAGUAUAUUUGCCAUGGACGUACAUAAAUCAGACAAGAGGCUUGUUAGGUAACUGGAGUUUUGACAUAAACGAUGAUUACACUAAUCCAGAUGGAACAAUAGUAGUUACUCCAAAUAUUAACAAUUUUCAAUCAGUUUAUACCGAUUUCGGUUUGAAUUGGAUGUUAGAAGACAAGGAAGAUGUAGACAAAGGGGCGGCUCUGUUCUAUCGAGAAUUUGGAAGAACAUCGAGCUAUUACAAUAAUAAAACGUUUUUGCCAGAGUUUAAUAUGCUACCAGAAAUGAUAUUACCAUCUAAUAGAUCUUUGGACAUACAAAGAGCGUACGAGUUGUGCACAGAGUACUAUGAGUGCCGAUACGAUUAUGCAAUGACUCUGGAUCGAGAUUUGGCUCAUUUCACGCACAACUAUAAAAGUAGCAUAAUAAAUCUUCGUCAAACUAAUUCUAGAACGGUUGUUUCCUGCGGAGUUUUAGAAACUCCUAGAUUUGGAAGGAAAAGUAAUUUCCUUUUUGUACCCGGAACAAGAGUCACAUUUGAAUGUAACGAAAACUACAUUUUAAUCGGUGAUGCUAGACGCGAAUGUCUUCCUGAUGGAAACUGGAACUUACCGGAAUAUGGAUAUACUGAAUGUCUACGGCAUCAGGAAUAUUCAGCGCGUCAAUUAGGCAUAACUGGCGGCAUUAUCAUUGCAAUUCUUAUUCCGCUUAUCCUUUGCAUUGCGUACAUUACUUUAAGAAUAUUCAAGAGUGUCAAAAAAAAUAAAAAUGCCCACGCAUGGUUAUUCGCAAAGCCUCCUUCGAGAGCUGCAAGUCGUCUAAAAUUAAAUGAACAAGAAGCAAUGGUGGCAAACAUGAGACCAGUCAGUCCAUUAACACCUCCUUCAGACGAAGAAUAUACAUACAGAAGUCCUGUACCGAGCGAUACCAAUAGCCUGAGAAGUUUUGGUAAAAAACGACGAAGUUACGAUAAAGUUUACAGAACCCACGAACCAUUAAAGGGAUUACCAGAAAUAGAUUUCGAAGAUAAACAGUGGGAUCUUGAUUCAGAUUUGGAUUCCGAUAUCAAAAGAAGAUCUGACUUGGCUUCUCCUACGAGCACUGUUUUUGAAUCGCCUAAUAAUAGUUCUUCACCACCGACUCCUCGAAAUCCUGCUAGUCCUGUCUAUACUGAACCUUUCUCGUAUGACAGGCAAAAUGUCAGACACACAACUUUAGAUCCUCCUCUUCUUCCAUCACCCGACUUGACAAAAUCUUACAGGAGUUCUGAUCCAAAUCUUUUGGAACAAAAAUCAUCACCAGAUGUUAGUUACGCAACUGUAAAUAAACCCAAAGCUCAAACAUUAAGACAUUCAACACGUCCUUCUGCAAGUCAGAGUAGCAUCAUAACUGAUGUAUAGAAGCUACUUAGUUAAUAAUUUUUCAAUUACUUACCAAAAAUAUAUUCAACCAAGACUUACAAAAAUCAAUUCAGUCGAAUAUUUAAUUCUUGAAAUUCAGUGAAAACUUAAUUUGAAAGACUCUCUACCAUAAUUGUUUGGACACUUACCUUUCAGAAAAACUAAAGAGUUUACGUAAAAUGCAGUUCUUUAAAAAUUAAUGUUUUUACACCGUAUUUUUAAUGUGUUAAAUGUUUUCUUUUUUUUUAAUCUUACUAUGGUACUUACUUAUUCGUUUAAAUUUGUGGCAUGUGGAAGACAAUGUGACUUUAUUAUGUGAUGUGUACUGUUAAUUGUUUGUAUAUUUUAUAUUGCGAAAUAAACAUUUUAAUCAA